GAGCUGUGUACUAUGGACUUGUGAAUGCCUCUAUUUAACAGGACUUUUGCUGUUUGGCUCUCACAGUUGUUCCCGUGCUCUGUGACCAAUAGAGCAACUGCAAUAUGAGUUUAACCAAAAUCACAAACAUCGACACGCUGGAGCUACAAGACGGCAUCCAGAACCCAGCCUUUCAAGAGGAGCACGAUGGACCAAAUCAUGAGCCCACAGGCGUCUCUGUCGCCGGGCAGGAGGAGAUCCCGUACACACAGAUCAAACCUUACGCUGGAAUGCCCAAAGAGGUUCUGAUGCUAUACUCCAAACAAGCUUGCUACCGGGUCCCUCGAGAGAUUUUGUUUUGGCUGAUCAUUCUGUGCACUCUGGUUCUCAUCGGUGUGACCAUUGCGAUUGUGGCGCUGUCACCUCGAUGCCUUAGCUGGUGGCAGGUGUCUCCUGUCUAUCAGGUUUAUCCACGGUCAUUUAAAGAUUCAAAUGCUGAUGGUGUUGGAGAUCUUAAAGGAAUCAAGGAGAAAUUGAGUCAUUUCGAGUACUUGAAUAUUAAAGCCAUCUGGAUCAGUCCUUUCUACAAAUCUCCCAUGAUGGACUUUGGGUAUGAUGUUGAAGACUUCAGGCAAAUCGACCCUCUCUUUGGAACCAUGAAAGACUUCGAUGACCUCUUGGCAAGCAUGCAUGACAAAGGUUUGAAGCUGAUCAUGGAUUACAUACCUAACCACACCAGCGACAAACACAACUGGUUCCAGCUUAGCCGAAAUGGCACUGAGCCCUAUAAGGACUACUAUAUAUGGGUUAACUGCACAAAGGACAAACCUCCAAAUAAUUGGGUAAGUGUAUUUGGGAAUUCCUCCUGGGAAUAUGAUGAAAUGAGAAACCAGUGCUAUUUCCAUCAGUUCCUCAAAGAACAGCCAGACCUCAAUUUCCGUAACCCCAAAGUUAUACAGGAGAUGACGGACAUAAUCCAUUUCUGGCUGGAGAAAGGGGUGGAUGGGUUUCGCAUGGAUGCUGUGAAACACAUGCUUGAAGCCAAACAUUUAAGAAACGAACCCCAGGUUGAUCCUGACCAAGAUCCAGCGACUGUGGAUACAGAAUUCGAGUUGUUUCAUGACUACACUUACUCGCAGCCGGGUCUGCAUGAGAUCUUGACUAACUGGAGGGUAGAGAUGGACAUCUACAGCAGAGAGCCCGGUCGCCACAGGUUCAUGGUGAUAGAGAGUUAUGACUAUGAGGAAAUUGAAAAAACCAUGAGGUACUACGGCACAAGUUACGUGACAGAAAGUGACUUUCCCUUUAACUUCUAUUUGCUGUAUCUUCCUGAUGACCUUUCGGGAAAUAAAGCCAAAGAACUGGUCGAUUAUUGGAUGUCAAACAUGCCGGAAGGAAAAUGGCCAAACUGGGUGGUGGGAAACCACGACAAGCCGCGCAUAGCCUCGAGUGCUGGAAGAGAAUAUAUACAUGCUAUAAACAUGAUGUUGUUAACCCUGCCUGGAACUCCCACAACAUACUACGGAGAAGAGAUUGGAAUGGUGAAUGUAAAUGUAUCUGUUAUCCAGGAUCCUUUUGGAAAGUUCAAUCCAAACAACAGUCGAGACCCACAGCGAACGCCAAUGCAGUGGAGCGAUAAACUCAACGCUGGCUUUAGUGACAAUGAAAACGGCACUUGGCUCGAUAUAGCUCCCGACUACAAAACUGUCAAUGUGGAGGUUCAACUGGAUGAUCCCAAUUCCAUCAUUUCUCAGUAUCGUACCCUGAGUUUGCUGAGAAGUUCUGAGCUCGCCCUGAGCCGAGGCUGGUUCUGCUACGUCAGGAGCGAUCCUAAUGUAUUUGCCUAUUUGCGUGAGAUGGACGGGCGCCGGAAAGCCUUCUUGGUGGUACUAAAUUUUGGGGAGGAUACCGAAACUGACCUGUCCUCGGUUAGUGAGCUGCCGGAUACCCUGACUGUGCAUUUAAGUACGGUACCGAUAAGCAAGAAAAUCUUCUCAAAAUCAAGAAUUUUUACAUUUAAAGGGCAGGGAUUGCUUCUGGAAUAUUCUACCAAUAAGAGGUUUCAUCUUAAUCAUGCAUCUGAGUGCUAUGUUUCAGAGAAAGCCUGCUAUCUUGACACACUUGAUAUUUUGUAUAAGUGCUGAGAAACGAUUCGAGAAGAACAAGAGAUAUGAGUUUUUAUUAGUCAGUUUAUUUGAAGAUUUCAUUCUUUUAAACAUCUAUGUAACAAAAUCAAUGUUUGGUUUAUAAAAAAAAUAAAAAACUUGAUCAGGUUGUUUCACAAUAA